CAGGGCUCAGCAUCCGGAGUGAAGAGAAAGCGAAGGACUCAGAAGGCUCAGUGUCCUCCACCUCAGCGAUGGAGCAUCCAGCAGGUGAGAGUGAACUCUGCGAGACACUUGUCGUUGGACAGGUGAGCCACCACAGCAUCGAGCUGAGCUGGAAUGGUGAGGAGAAAGAGAGGCGGCUGGGUCCUCCUGAUAACUGGACCUGUUUCAGAUUAGAGAAGGAGGAUCCCAGAAAGUGCAGCUUCCAUGAGAUAUACGUAGGAUUUAAUACUCAGUUCACAGCAGAGGAUCUGGAACCCAACACUGCGUACAAGUUCAGACUGAAGAGCCUCGCUCCAUCUGGAGGACAUCUGUACAGCCCUGUACUGACAGUGUCUACUGCACGAGAGCCGAUUACCGGGAAUGAUCUUCAUCAGACAGUGAAGAUGAAUGAUAAAGAGCAGCUUAUUAAAGUGCUGCAGUCUGGGACAGUCAUUGUAGAUGUGCCUGAUAGACUGGGCUUUACUCCGCUGAUGGUGGCAGCCAGGAGGGGCUACUUAAGUCUGGUUCAGGUGCUGAUGCAGUAUGGAGCAGAUGUCAACAUGAAGAGCUCUAGUGGAAAAGAUAGUCUGAUGCUGGCGUGUUUCUCGGGGCAUUUGGAGGUGGUGCGGUACCUGCUUGAGUGUGGAGCUUCUUGGACGUCCACAGACCGCGGGGGAUGCUGUGCUCUUCAUUGGGCAGCAGACGGAGGGCACCUGCCUGUCCUAGAGUACCUCCUGCAGGAUGGCUGUGAAGUGGAUGUGAGAGACAGCCUUUCCUUAUGGACGCCCCUCCUCAGAGUUUCUGCUGUUGGCGGAAACACGGCCGUGGCUGCUCUGCUCAUCAGUGCAGGGGCUGACAUUAACAAACAAGACAAAGACGGGAAAACACCCCUCAUGGUGGCAGUGCUAAAUAACCAUGAGGAGCUGGUUAAACUGCUUUUAGAAAACGGAGCAGAUCAGCACAUAAAAAAUGAGUUUGGUGCUGGUGCUCUAGAGAUGGCUAAAGCUUUUCAGAGAAAGAAUAUCAUCCCUUUGUUAGUGAAGGAGAGGCCAGUGGGCAGCACUGAAAAGAACAGUCCUGCUCCUCCAACAGCAAAAACCCACUCAGUCCAUCACAGAUCAGUUUCAUAGACAACUUUAAUAAGCACUGG